AUGAGUCCAUUCUUAUUUCCGGAUGUUGGACAUUCGCGCCUAAUUUAUUUCUUAAAUAGGACUAACAGCACCAGGGGCUCUCCAAAUGGAACAUACUGCUAUAGCAAAGCACGUGAAAGUACUGUGCUUCAAGGUGUAACCUUUGGUGGUAUACCUACUGUCCUUCUGCUCGAUGUAGCUUGCUUUUUGAUUUUAAUCUUGGUGUUCUCUAUUAUAAGAAAAAGAUUCUGGGAUUAUGGUCGUAUUGCACUUGUGUCAGAAACAGAGAGUGAAACAAGAUUUCACAAAUUAUCUUCUUCCUCAUCAGUGUCUGAUGACCUGGACCCUGAGACGGGUUUUUGUUCCUGGAUGAUGGCUGCCUUUCGAAUGCAUGAUGAAGAGAUUCAUGACAAAUGUGGGGAUGAUGCCAUUCACUAUCUCACCUUUCAGCGCCACCUCAUCUGCCUCUUGAUUGUUGUCACCAUUAUGUCUUUGUGCGUCAUACUUCCUGUCAAUCUGUCAGGUAACUUACUUGAAAAAGACCCUUAUAGCUUUGGGAGGACUACUAUAGCCAACUUACAAACUGGAACCAAUCUUCUCUGGCUUCACACAAUGUUUGCUGUUAUCUACCUGAUUUUGACGGUCCUCUUCAUGAAACAUCACAGUAAAUCCAUCAUAUAUAAGGAAGAAGACCUAGUAAAACAUACACUGUUCAUAACUGGCCUUCCCAAAAGUGCCAAGAAAGAAAACCUAGAAAAUCACUUCACUGAGGCAUAUCCAACCUGCAGUGUGAAAGAGGUCAACUUAUGUUAUGAUGUAUCCAGACUUACCUAUCUGUACAGAGAGAGGAAAAAGGCAGAGAAAAAUGCAGUUUAUUAUGCACAUCUGCAUCAGAGAUAUGGAAAACGGUUUCUUAUAAACCCCAAACCACUUGGCCAGUUGUGCUGUUGUGAAAUCCAAGGCUGUGAAAAGGAGGAUGCUAUAGAUUACUACACCAGAGUUAGCAAGAAAUAUUUGGAAGAGUAUUUGAAAGAGGAGGAGGUUGUUUAUGAUAAGCCAUUGGGAAUGGCUUUUGUAACAUUCCAGGAGAAAUCCAUGGCAACAUAUAUUCUAAAAGAUUUCAAUGCCUGUAAAUGUAAAGGUAUAAAAUGCAAAGAACCACCCCAGCCAUCAGCCUUCAGCAAAGAACUAGGCAUUUCAAAGUGGCAUAUUGCGUAUGCUACCUAUCCACAGAAUAUUUGCUGGACUCACCUCUCAAUUCAAGGGCUGCAUUGGUGGUUUCGGUGGCUUUGUAUAAAUUUGUUGCUUUUUCUUGUGCUCUUUUUCCUAACCACACCUUCCAUCAUUAUUUCAACUAUGGAUAAGUUCAAUGUAACCAUGCCUAUUCAUUAUCUUAAUAACCCUGUUGUUAGCCAGUUCUUCCCUACAGUCCUUCUGUGGUCCUUUUCAGCUUUGCUACCAACAAUUGUCUAUUUCUCAACACUGUGUGAAUCCCACUGGACAAAGUCUGGUGAAAACAGAACAAUGAUGCAUAAAAUCUACACUUUUGUGAUCUUCAUGGUGUUAAUUCUGCCUUCACUUGGUUUAACCAGUCUGGAUUUCUUCUUUCGUUGGUUGUUUGACAGAGCAUCUGCUGAAUCUACAGUCAGAUUAGAGUGUGUCUUUCUGCCAGAUCAGGGAGCCUUCUUUGUGAAUUACGUGAUAGCAUCAGCUUUCAUUGGUAAUGGGAUGGAGCUACUCCGUCUGCCUGGCCUCAUCCUUUAUACCUUUCGCAUGAUGUUGGCCAAAUCUGCUGCUGAAAGAAAAACCAUUAAGCAGCAUCAAGCGUUUCAAUAUGAGUUUGGAGCAAUGUACGCCUGGAUGCUAUGUGUGUUCACAGUCAUUAUGGCCUACAGCAUCACAUGUCCCAUUAUUGUCCCAUUUGGGUUAAUUUAUAUGCUGAUGAAGCAUACAGUUGACCGCCACAAUCUGUACUUCGCAUACCUCCCUGCUAAGCUGGAGAGGCAGAUCCACUUUGCAGCUGUGACUCAGGCCCACGCAGCUCCAAUUCUCUGCCUGUUUUGGCUUCAUUUUUUCUCUUUCUUGAGACUAGGUUUUAGAGCACCUACCACUGUAUUUACAUUCCUGGUUGUCAGUGUAGCAAUUGUUAUUUCCGUAGUUUCCACUUGUUAUGCCUGUCUGAAAUAUCUGAGCCCCCUCAAUUACAAGCUAAACGACUCAGCUGUUGAAAGAGGAAGUGAAAUUGAUGUAGGAACUGGAAACAUUUCGGUAUAUCUCCCCCAUGUUCUAGUUCCCAGUUCUAAUGAAAGGAUAAAUCUGUUGAGUCUGGGAAUGCUGAACUAUGGUGCCAUUGGAAAGACCGCCACAAAGCUGGAAGAAGGCCCUCUUUGUGAGGAUACAGUCACUCGAAAGUGA